GCCCUAGUUGCGGAAGUGCUGGAUAAAAUUCUCCAAAAUUUUCAAUAAAAUGAUUAUUUUGAAAUACAUGAUUUAGCAGAAAUGGAGGAGUUGAGUUCAAAAGAGAGAUUGUUUCAGUUUUGGAUGAUUUAUACAACCAAGACUGAUCCAAAGGCACUACACGACUAUAUUGAACUAUUUAUAGAGACAUACAGGGAUCUGAUAGACUAUGAUUUGAAUCAUCUAACUGAUGGGUUCUCUGAAGAAGGUCCACAUCUGACCAAAUUGCCUGAUGGGAAUACUACAGGUGCUUGGCAACCAGUUGAAUCAGUGUUGCUGUGGUGAUGACCUAAAUACGAUCAAAC